AUCAUUCAAUAGGACCCCGCGUCCACGCAAUCCCCAACACAGACAAUAAAAACCGUGUAUCUGCCACAUUUGCAAAAACGCAGCCUGAGAACUAUCAAUUUCGCCUCCGUUACUCUCUCUCAGGUUGCCGGUUUCUGCCAUAUCACCACCACCGCACCAGCAUCAUCCAGGGCGUCCUAGUUGAACAAUUUUCUCUUAAGUUUUCUCGUUUUCUGAGGUUCAGAUUCUGAUAAUUUAAUUUCGGAUAUUCGAAGAGGAUCUAAUGAUCUUUGCCCUAAAAUCUGUCAGAUGAUUCUGUUUGUUGUAACUUCCAGUUAAUGCGAGGUUCGAUGGAUCUUUAGUACCGGAGAAUCGAUUCUUUGACUAGCAAAACGACGACUUACUGAAGGAAACAGAGACUGACAUUUAUUUCAAUGUCAACUCGGCCGCAAAUUGUUAUACGACCGUCCUACACGAACAGGCGGUCCCUGCUGCUGCACAGCCACUCGUCGUCGGUGUCAACUUGCAGCAGCAGAUCGCGAAUUGCGGAGGUAGCGGGAGGAACGACGGCGGAGUGCGCCGCGAUUUGUUGUUGCUGUACUUGCGGUCUUGUGAAUCUACUUUUGUUGCCUAUUUACAAGGUUCCGGCGGGGCUGUGCCGGCGAGCUAGGAGGAAGAAGCGUCUGCAGCGGCUGAUGACAAAGAAGGACCUGCUUCCGCCUGGAAACAGGCGGUGCCAGUGCGGCUUCAAUGAUACGGAGUUAGAAAUUCACCCGUUCUGUCGAGAGGAAGAAGAGUUUCAGAAAAGGACGACGUCGAAGGAGGAGGAGAUGGCGGUGGAGGAGCUGGAGAAAGAAAUGUUGGCCAGGUUUUACGGUGGUGGAUUCUGGAGAAGUCCAUCACAAAGAUAACUGCUGUAAAUAUUUCACGUUUUAAUCAAAUUACGCCCUCCACUUCACCUUUGGUUUGGUUUUACUGUGUUAUAUGUGUGUGGGUUUUUACCUUUUUUUGGGGUUAAGUUUAGGGUUUAGAGUCGAUGAUUAAUGUCAAAGGCUCCAAAGUUAUGGAAAUUUUGCAAACUUUUCAUCA